AUGGCAAAUCAGUCUGUUGAAGAUUUAUUGCUUCAAGAAAUUAAUUCAUUUCUUAUUGCAAAAAAUCCAAUUCCAUUAUAUGAUGAUAUUAAGUUAUUUAAAUAUACUACAGCUACACUUUAUGAAACUCUUCGGUUAUAUCCUAGUGUUCCAGUAAAUGGAAGAGUCUGUAUUAAAGAAGAUAUUCUACCUAAUAAUACUCCAGUAUAUCCUGGAAAAUUUGUAAAAUUUAAUCUCUAUAUAAUGGGAAGAGAUGAAAAAAUCUGGGGAGAUGAUGCAAAACAAUUCAAUCCUAAAAGAUUUUUAAAUUUAAAGAAUGAUUUAAAACCAAAUAGAUUCAAGUUUGCUUCUUUUAGUGGUGGACCUAGAAGUUGUGUGGGAGAGCAAUUUGCAACUUUGGAAAUAAUAAUACUUACAAUAAUGUUGUUAAAAGAAUUUAAGUUUGAAUUAGCAUCUGAUCAAAAAUCACCUCCAGAGUUUAAAGAUUCUAUAUUAUUAAUGAUAAAAAUUCUCUCAUAA